GCGCCCCAGGGCUGGAGAACGGCGAGGGCGCCACCCCGGGCUGCAGGGCGGCCCUGCGCGCUGGGCGGCUGGGGGCACUGUGAGCUCGCGUGGGGCGCGCUGGCCGGUUGCUCCGAGGAUUCGGCCACGGGGCACCGCCGGAAGCAGGGGCGGGGUGCGCCCACACGGGAUGCUGUGAAGGGCGAGCGGGUCGGCAGCAAUGAGUGCCUCUGCGGCCACCGGGGUCUUCAUGUUGUCCCUCUCGGCCAUCCCAGUCACCUAUGUCUUCAACCACCUGGCGGCCCAGCAGCACUUCUGGACGAGCAUAGCGGUUGCCGCCCUCAUCCUGCUCCUGGUAGCCCUGUCAGCUCGAAUCCUCGUCAAAAGAAAAGCACCCCGGGACCCGCUGUUCUACGUGUACGCAGUGUUUGGCUUUACCAGCGUGGUGAACCUCAUCACGGGACUGGAGCAGGACGGCGUCAUUGACGGCUUCAUGGCACACUACCUGAGAGAGGGCGAACCCUACCUGAACACUGCGCAUGGGCACAUGCUCUGCUACUGGGAUGGCUCCGUGCACUAUCUCAUGUACCUGGUGAUGGUGGCGGCCAUCGCCUGGGAGGAAAGUUACCGAGCCAUCGGCCUGUACUGGGUGGGAUCUAUGAUGAUGAGCAUGGUUGUUUUUGUGCCGGGAAACACUGUAGGGAAGUAUGGAGCCCGCCUUUGCCCUGCCUUUUUCUUGAGCAUACUGUACACUUGCCUCCCUGUCUGGGCCGGCUGCAGAAUCUAUCACCAGCCGUCAGAAAAUCACCAUUAUCCCGCCAAGGUCGUUCAGGAAGUCCAAGCAAAGGACCUGCUGGGAAGACCCUUUGAUCUCCUGCUGGUCGUGUGUCUCCUCCUGGCGACGGUGUUCAGCCUAUUUCGAGGCUUGAUCGCGCUGGACUGCCCCGCCGAGCUCUGCCGCCUGUACACGCAGUUUCAAGAGCCCUACCUGAAGGAUCCUGCCGCUUAUCCAAAAAUCCAGAUGCUGGUGUACCUGUUCUACUCCGUCCCGUACUUCGCGGUGGCGCUGUACGGCCUGGUGGUGCCGGGGUGCUCCUGGAUGGCCGACGUCACGCUGGUCCACGCUGGGGGUCUGGCUCAGGCGCAGUUUUCUCACAUUGGUGCCUCUCUUCAUGCCAGAACUGCUUAUGUCUACAGAGUCCCCGAAGACGCGAAAAUCCUUUUUCUGGCCUUAAACAUAGCAUAUGGCGCCCUCCCUCAGCUCCUGGCCUAUCGCUGCAUCCAGAGGCCGGAAUUCUUCAUAAAAACAAAGGCAGAUGAAAAGGCUGAAUGAGAACUCGCGGACUUCAUGGCGCUCUUCUCCAAGUUCCCGACUGAGGUUGUCCGGGCCGGCACCUCGUCCCAUUCCACUCGCUUCCCUGCCGGGACACCUGAGAACACGCCAACGCUCUUCCUGCGCCCUGUAUGUGACCUGUAUGUGGGGCUGCGUGGGUGAACUUGUCUUUUUAAAAAAUUUGUUGAAGCUGAAGUUGUUGAGAAACUGUUUAAAGAAAUACAUUCAAAAUGAUCUGUGAAUAAACGUGACCGUCUCAGUCUUCUGUUUGCACAUAUAAAAUGUAAGUGUGAAAAGUGACCCUUCAGGCCCUGCCGCAGUGAGCACGGGCAUGCAACCAUUCGGAAGUGAAGGUGCUUCACCUGCAUUAAAAAUUCCGAAAAGCAAAUGGAGUGGGGAAAUGGCUGCACCUGUGAGAUGGACAUGCCCACCAUCAACACCGACAUAAAGACAAAUUACUAGGAUUUUGAAGGGUUAUUUGAAAAAUGCUUUCCCGAGGAAAGUAUAUUAUUUACUGCUGUUUUAAAAAGUGCUUUUACUAAAACUUGUUGAGUUUAAAUAGCUAAGGAGGGAUUGAUAACUUUACCUUUAUCUGUAACGGAGUUCUUGUUUUAUCGGUGACUGGAGAUAUUUCUACUGUAUUUCUGUGUAUAUUUUUAAUAAAAUUGUCUUUCUAUGACAACAAAUCUUACUAAA